AUGCCGAAUCCCCCCGUCUCACGAGCGCGUACCUCUACUCGAGCUACCCCUUCCGCGGUCAGGAAGCAUAACUUGCCUCGCAAAAAGGGCCCGUCUUUGGAGGAAUGGCAUCGUGUCAAGCCAUUGGUCCAGCGAUACAUGGCGGAGGGGAAGAAACAGAAAGACAUCCUUGACCUUUUGUCGAAGGAGCAUCAGUUUCAGGCGGCUUCUCACAUGUUGAAAGAGAGAUUGAAGCAGUGGGGAAUGAAAAAGAACUCCACGAAAGAGGAACAUAAGGCUCGUGCAAAAGAAGCAAAACGCUGUGCAGACUUGGGUCUUGCGCUGCCAAGCUGCAUGGAUACAGACGGUCGCCCGUAUGCGUGGGAUCGAGUCUACCGGCAUUUUGGGUCGGAUCCUCAAUACAAGUGCUCCUGGCUGCAGAGCGAUGUCGGGUGGAAAGCGAUGUUAUCGAAGGUUUGCCUGAAAGUCUCUCCUGUGGAUCACAGGAUCGAACUUGUGUUAAGUGAAGUCAGACAUCAUUGGUGUACCACGCUUGAAAGAACCGAAAGACAUUCCUCUGUGAGGGCAAAACGUAUCGCGAUGAUGCGUGCAGAAGCGGAUCCCAGAGAGAUCACUCUCGGGUUCCUCACGGCCUUGCAGCUCUUUCGGGGAGGAGACGAGGCACAGGCACACGGCCGACAAGAGAUGAACAACGUGGGCCGCAAUGUCCAGAUAGCCCUCGAGCAAGGGGAGCCGAGUCUAUUAAUGGAAAUUAUUCAUAUGUUCACGGCGACGGCUUGGGCCAGGCAGCCUGACAUGUUUGUCAAAGUUGUCAGAUACGUCCGUAAUCUGUCUGCCAAUACUCGGUCGCUCGGGCCACGACAUCCCUUGACAACAGUGUUAGAUACCCUUAUGCAUGUCGGGCAGGACGCGGAGCUCCUUGAUACGUUUGCCGAGCUUGCGCUCAAAGUCAUGAUGGAUUCGGCCGAGGCAGGCGGGGACCGAGUGAAGCUCGAUCGCGACUAUAUUUGUGCCGUCGAGACAAAUUACAUCUCCAGGGUUCUGUCCAGACUAGAGUGGUGUGAUGCGAAAGAUCUGGUCGAGACGAAGUUCAAGCAUUACAGACGGACUCUUGGUGAGCACAAUCGUUACACGUUGUCCAUGCAGGCCUCGCUUGGCAGACUGUACUUGAAGAAUGCCUCGCGAGCACGCGAAGCCAAGGAGACGAGCAACGAAUCCAUGUCGCGAGACCAAGCGGAGGAGAUUUUUCUCAAGCUCGUGAAAAGAGGGGAGCAAAAUUUCCACGACUACUCACGCAACGGCAUCUACAUCGGUGCAGCAACGGACCUGGCGAGGAUGUACUUCGCGACACAAGAAUUUGACAAGGCUCAAGACUAUUACUGCAAGGCCCUGGUCUGGACAGCCAUAAAAUUCGGCCGCUCCCAUCCCUAUAUCUCGGUCUUGUUGAGGGAGUUCAGAGCACUUCAGAAGCUGGGAGAGCUUGGUCUGGUCAAGGUGAAAAUGGAGGGAGACGAGGAGGAGGAGGAUGUUCAGGUGGUUUCAAUUGCGAAAGACGAUCCAAAAGUACAAUUCGAUUGUCCGGGAUUGGAGGCUUGUGGAGAAUCAGAAACACCCGACGGGCAGAUCGACGUCGACUACAGCCAUGCGAGUUUCGCAAUGUUUGGAGAUGACACGUUCUCUCAGCCAGGACUGGAUUGGCUUCCUGACUCGACGAGUGGGACUGUGCCGGCAGUAAAUGAUGGCGAUGAGGCCCUUCCUUCAGUGUUCUUGGACUCAUACAUGGACACUGCUAAUCAAGAGUCCUGGAGUGAGACCAUGCAGGGAGGAUACGACACUAGUACAUGGGAUUUCAAUGCUGCGGCGGCGACUGAUGUUUCGCAAAACCUUUCUGCUCCGGCUAUAUCUGAGGGACCUGCCGCUGGUUCUCCACAAGAUCUGUCCAUCUUCUUUCAGAACGAUCUGCCCGAGUGCAACUUUGACGCGGACGACAUUGAGCAGCUUCUGAACUGGCAGUAG